AUGACGGAAUUCGAAGAUCCAUUUCAAAUGGAUGAAGAGUUAGAUGAAAGGGAUUUAAAUAUUACACCACAAUAUCCACCAAUCAAUAAUUUUAUCGAAGACCAAAUUAACAUACGAUCAAGGAUUGAUGAAUUAGAUUUAACCAAUGCUUUCCCCGAUAAAAAUGGUCAUUUGAAAGAGAAUUUGAAGAUACAGGGGGAACAAGAAGAAUAUGAAGAAGAUUUGGAUGAUAAGUUUGAUGCUAAAGUCCAUGAAGUAAUGAAUAAUGAGUAUACAAAAUUCAAAAAGAAUAAUGAACCUUUAACACCACCAGAAAACUUUGCUCCUGUUGUUAAUAAGAUUUAUAGAUCAUCAUUCCCACAAGCCAAUAACUUUGAUUUUUUGAAACGGUUGAAAUUGAAAAGUAUCCUUUGUUUGAUCCCAGAUGAAUAUCCUGACUUACAUAAAGAGUUUUUGGAAAAAGAGAAUAUUAAAUUAUUCCAAAUGGGGAUGUCAGGUAACAAAGAACCAUUCGUAGUGAUUUCCCAUGAACUCAUUACUGAAGCUUUGAAAGUGGUUUUAAAUCCUGAAAACCAUCCUAUUUUAAUUCAUUGUAAUCGUGGUAAACAUAGAACUGGAUGUCUUAUAGGAAUUCUAAGAAGAUUACAAAAUUGGUCCUUAACUAUAAUAUUUGAUGAAUAUAGAAAAUUUGCCGCUCCAAAGGAAAGGCCAAUGGAUCAACAAUUCAUAGAGUUAUAUAAUGAAGAUAGUAUAUUGAAAUUUGCAAAUGAUAACAAAUUACUACCUUUGAGUUGGGAUUAA